AUGGACACCGCCGUGGAGGAGGUGCUUGAAGCCCUCAAGAAGGAGGCCUUCUUUUGGCGUGGCAAGCAGGCCACCAAAGCGGAGGUUCGCUCCGCCGCGGAGGCUGAGGCCUUCGACUGCACCGCGCGGCUGGCCGCGCAGGGCGAGGCCCGAGCUGCGGUGGAACGAGCCUUGUCCUCCUCGGGGCUUCGAAAGAAGAUCAAGGCCUUUGCCUUUCAUCGUUUCCGAGCGCAGAUUCAGCAAGGUCGCGGCUGCGGCGACGCCACAGCUGCCGGGGCGGCCCAGGGGUGGACCCGUGGGGACGGCACGGGCAAGUUCGAUGCGGCGACGCUCAAGGAUCCGGUCUUAGCACAGCUGCAGAUCAGCAAGAGCGCAGAGGUGGAGACCCGCGUGGCUGAGAAGCUGACGAGUGAUCCGCAGCUCACCUCCGGCAAGCUCCUCGUCAAUGGUAUCGCGGCCGUGCUGAUGUACAUGUGGUGCGACCUGUUGGGCCGCCCUAUCUACCCACUGGCUGCGUACAUCGCGCUCCUCAUCUCGCCCCUGCGCUUGGGCUGGAGCAACUCCGAGCGCUGUGAGGUGCGUUCUGUGAUCUCCAUCUACUUCUUUAUCUUCAGCGCAGCGGUCUUGCCGGUGUGGUGCCUCAAGCGAGGAGGUACUUGGGGGCGCAGCCUCUUCGCGAUCUAUGUGUCCUGGUACAUGUUCUGGGAUACUGCUCACCUCAGAGGGGGUCGCUUUAUGCCCACCUUUCGUCGGCGGAACUUCUGGAAGCACUUCGCGGCCUACUUCCCCAUGUCCUUGACAAGAACUGCCAAGCUUGAUCCCAAGCGGAACUACAUCUUCGGCUACCACCCACAUGGCGUCAUCAGCAUGGGCGCUUGCUGCAACUUCGCCACGGAGGCGACCGGCUUCAGCGAGCUUUUCCCUGGCAUCGACCUGCGGUUGCUCACACUGCAGCAGAACUUCAGGAUCCCCGUCUUCCGGGAAUACUUGCUGGGCUUGGGGGUGAACAGUGUGAGCAAGGACUCGAUCGACCAGAACUUGAAGCGUUGCCCUGGCUCCUCCGUGAUGAUCGUGAUCGGCGGUGCUCGCGAGUCCCUCGAGACUGCCCCAGGGUCCUACAAGUUGAUCUUAGAGAACCGGAAGGGAUUUGUGAAGAUGGCCCUCCGCUCGGGUGCAUCGCUUGUCCCAGUCUUCUCCUUCGGUGAGACGGACCUCUUUGGUGUCUUCGCCAGCAGUCGCUUCCGACGCUUGCAGCUCUGGCUGCAGAAGCAGAUGGGCUUUGGCAUUCCCUUCUUCUUCGGUCGGGCUUUGACAGGUGGCGUGCUGCACCGAGUGUUUGGACUCUCCAGGGGAGUGAUGCCACUACGGAUGCCCGUCCAGUCCAUUGUGGGGAGACCCAUCUAUGUGGAGAAGCCCAUUGCGAACCCCACUCAGGAGCAGGUCGAUGAACUCCAUCAGCGCUACGUCAAUGAGCUCCGCAAGAUCUACGAGGAGUGGAAGGAGCCUUUCAUGGAAGCUCGUGCCAAGAUCAUGGAAUCCCAAGGAGAGGCCGCCAAGGCCGUGCUGAGACGGGGCAGUUUCCACCUCGAGAAGGUCGAAAGCAUGGCCAUGGUCGGCUGA